AGAAGUGACAUUUCAAAAAAUCAGUGUAUUAGAACAUCGAAGAAUAAUCUAGAAUUCGUGUAAAAAUGAUGUGAUGAGAUUUAUUCCACGUAGCGUGAUUUUCCACUGAUAUAAUUUUAUUGCUUGCGAAGAAUUUUGCAAUCGCUAAUAGGGUUUAUAUAACGAAAUUCUGGAUAAUAGAAAUUUUAAGGUUAGGGUAGUCAAUAAAAAUAUAGUUUUGUGUUGUGUCUGUUGUGUUUUCAAUUAUCAUAAUUAUCAUAAAUGAAUUAUGUCUCUUUGUGAAUUAUACGUCUUCUAUGACUUUGCAAAUCAAUUUUUAUCGAAAAAAGUCAGUAAAACCUUCUCAAAAUUGGAAAAUUAGAAAAGGAAAAAGCUGAAGGUGGAGGGAGAAGUGAAUAAUCGAUUAUUUAUUGCUGAUCGUAAAUUGUUAAAGGAGGAUUAGCAAAUAAUAUAUUUAAAAAUGGAGAAUAACACGACUCUAAAUUUUUGCAAAACUUUCUGCCCACCGAAUAUUACAUUUAACGAAAUUUGGGUGAACCAUGGAAUGUCGAAAUGUUUUAUGGACACUGUUAGUACCACAAUAUUGUCCAUGUAUAUAAUAAUUUUUGGAUCGUUUCAACUGUGGAUGUAUCGGCAAUAUGGAACGAACAUUAAUCCGAAUGUAUUGCCAAAAAGUAAAUUAUAUAAUUUGCAAAAAUUCUGUCUCUAUUUCGUUCCAAUUCUGAGCGUUGCGAGAAUUGUUUUGCAAGCUACUCUUUUGGAUGACAGAACUGUCUAUGGAUAUAUGCUAUUGACAACAAUCUUGACGAUGAUUUCGUAUCCGUAUUCGGUUUACGUUUUGCGAGUCGAAAGACACAGAUUACUUCCAAGUGUUCCUCCUCGAGGUCAUGGAUUGGUCCUUUUGGGAUUUUGGACUCAGGCCUUUGUUUUUGAAAACUUGGUUUUUAUAAAUAUCGGCAGAAUCGAGUGGUGGUUCCAUCUAAACACACUCACGGACCAAAUAGAAAUGGCACUAUUUGUUCUCCGCUAUGUUAGUAGUCUUCUGAUUUUCGCCCUCGGACUUCGCGCACCAGGAAUUGCUGGAAGUUCAUUUCCCGAUUACCAAAAUCUCAACGAUGGCCAAAGUCAACGAUACAGAUAUUAUCAAGGUCGCCAGGAUGAUAAUUCAUCGACCUGGAAAAAUGCCUGGUACAAAGUCAAGACGCUGGCCCCAUUUUUAUGGCCCAAGACGGACUUUUUACUACAAGUCAGGGUUCUUUUUUGUUUCAUCCUACUCGCCUCAGGAAGAGUGAUCAAUCUUUAUGUUCCAAUUUACAACAAAAAAAUAGUCGACAGCGUUUCUGCAACUCCUCUUCAAUUUAGAUGGGACCUGGUUCUGAUUUAUGUGGGCUUUAAAUUUCUACAAGGAGGUGGAACAGGCGGAAUGGGCGUAUUAAAUAAUCUAAGGUCAUUUAUGUGGAUUCGAAUCCAACAAUAUACGACACGAGAAGUGGAGAUCGAACUUUUCAGGCAUUUGCAUACUUUGAGUUUACGAUGGCAUCUCGGAAGGAAAACUGGAGAAGUUUUGAGAGUGAUGGACCGAGGAACCGAUUCAAUAAACAAUUUACUUAACUACAUUCUUUUUUCAAUUUUGCCAACAAUCGUGGAUAUAAUAAUUGCCGUCAUUUUCUUCGUGAGUGCGUUCAAUAAGUGGUUCGGUCUCAUCGUUUUUUCUACCAUGGUUCUCUAUAUUGACAGAGCAAUUCAGAAGAACUUUGUCGACAUGGAGAACAUGUUUGAACUUCUCCGAGAAGAACAGGAAGUGAUAGACGCUCCGGGCGCUGGACCUUUGAUAGUAAAACGCGGCCAGGUGGAAUUUUCAAAUAUAACUUUCAGUUACACUCCGGAGAGGCUUGUCCUUAAAAAUGUGAGUUUCGUCGCUCCUGCUGGAAAAACAAUCGCUCUGGUUGGUCCCUCAGGCGCCGGAAAAUCGACGAUUAUGAGACUGCUCUUCAGAUUUUAUGACGUGGAUCAAGGCUCGAUUGUAAUCGAUGGACAGAAUCUGAAAACUGUGAAACAGGAUACUUUACGGAGCGCGAUAGGAGUCGUUCCGCAAGAUACGGUUCUAUUUAAUAAUUCGAUUAAGUAUAACAUCCAGUAUGGAAAAAUUGAUGCACCUGAGGCUGAUAUCGUCGCGGCUGCAAAAUAUGCAGACAUUCACGAAAGAAUUUUAUCCUUCCCGGAAGGAUACGAAACACAGGUUGGAGAAAGAGGUCUUCGUUUGAGUGGGGGAGAAAAGCAGCGAGUUGCGAUCGCCAGGACAAUUUUGAAGGCCCCAAAAAUAGUUUUGCUCGACGAAGCAACAAGCGCUUUGGACACCGAAACCGAAAGAAAUAUUCAGUCGGCUUUGAAUCGAGUCUGUGCGGAUCGUACAACAAUUAUUAUUGCUCACCGACUUUCCACAAUAAUUCAUGCCGAUGAAAUUCUCGUUUUGAAGGAGGGCGAAAUUGUCGAGAGGGGGAAACACGAAGAUCUUAUUUCCUUCGGCGGAGUUUAUCAAAAAAUGUGGGAGGCACAGUUGAGAAAUAAUGUGGACAUUGAUGACCCAAUACAAAGGGAAAUUGUGGAGUCUGAUGAAAAGUAAGAUUUUUUUUUUAUCUAGUGCGAAUUAGUGGUUAUCGAAUUUAAACAAAUUUAAAUUAAUUUAAUUAAUUUAACCCUUUGCGGCAUGGUGGGAAUACCGUAUUCCCACCUUUUUUCAUAUCAUUUUUUGCUCGCAGGAUGAUAGAAAAUUGAAAUUUAUGUGCGAAGGGUAUAAGAUUCUUUAAGAAUUUGUUAAUAUUUAUAAAUAAAGAUGAAAAAAGUCUUUUUUGUUGAAAAAAUUCAUUAUUGAAAAAACUUUCCAUUAUAUCCUUAUGAAAAUGGGUACAUAAGGGUUUUUGGCGUCGCUGACUACGAAUCUGGGCUCAGAUUUUGAAAAUUCAAAAUAGCGGAUCCAACAUAGCUUCCGAAAUUGGGAAUAUUAUUAGAUUUUAUCUGAAAAUUGAUAUACAGGGGUUUUUGG